AUGGAGAAUAUCUCUGAUGCAGACACACUUGCUGUUUUGAAAGAGACUGUUCGUAUAAGGAAGCUUGAGAUACUUCAUGGAGACAUCCCUUCGUCUGGAUUCACCUAUUUGAAAGCGUGUGCAAUCGCAGAUAUCCUUAGUAUUGUCGCAUUGAUUCCAUUCAUCCUGAGACAUGCUCAACUGCACGAUCAGCACUCUCAUUCAGCAAUGCUAUUCCACGCGCACAUUGAAUUACCACUCGUUAAUGCUCUUAUGUGUGCAGGUGCAUUAUGUAUAGUUGCAAUGACUGUGGAUCGCUACAUAUCAAUUUGUCAUCCAAUCACUUGUUUUAAGUCGGGUGAAUCACGCUACAAUAUAAAAGCAACGAUUUUCACACUCUUCGUGCUAUCGUUCAUCGUUUUUGUGCCUUCAGCUUGGCAAAAGCUAACGAUCAAAAGUUUGGAUGCCAAAAAUCACACCAUUUGGAAAGUGGAACGAAAUGCGAAACUGAAUAAUACGAAUGAAUUUCGAAUUUAUAUUGCAUUCAGAGAGUUCUUCGCUAAGUUGGGUCCGAUUGUUAUUUUGGUAGUGUUAAAUUCCGCAAUUAUUCGCAAUUUGUAUAAAUUCAACUCUAGGAGACGGGGGUUUAAAGCACGCCAAACAGGGACGAAGAGAACCGGUAUAAAUCAUAAAGAAUACACCGAUGAGUAUCACACCUUCGGUAAUUCACCGAAUAGAUGGGACACUAUAGAUCGAACAGAGAAUGAGACCAGUGAGGUGACUAUCCGAAUGUUUUUGAUGAGUGAAACAGUUUUAAGGGUUUCGAUAUUGCUGUUGAUAACAUCAACAACGUUCGUUGUUUGCACUUUACCCGCAUCGAUACUCUCACUGUUUGUGGAUCAUUUCAAUAAUCGUUCAUUAUCUAUGCAAAUUUUUCGUGCAAUCGCCAAUCUUCUUCAAGCGAGCAGUUAUCUGUACAAUUUCUACCUUUACGCAUUAUGUAGCUCGGAAUAUCGACGAGCAUUACUCAAGUGGAUUGGAUUUAUCCAGAAAGAUUCACCGUCGAAAAGUUUCGAUUCACGUGCACUCAAAUACCCAACGACAGUGAAUCAGAAAACUCAUGUACCGUUGCAGGACUCCUUGGAGAAAGCUCGAAACGGAUGCAGUCUGAAAAGUGAUCUCUCUCGAUCUGGUUCCUGA